UUGGCUCAAUGGGACGCUCUGGUCUUGUCGCGUCGCGUUGCUCACUGUAGACACGGGGGCGCUCGCUGGCAGCGCGUCUCAUUCUGUCGCUCUCUUGACUGGAGCGCUUCACACAAACUGUCAGUGUCCAGUGAGUUGGACUCCGCGGCACUGCUGCUCGUCUUCGGCCGCUGCGCUCUCACUGUCCUCUGGGAAAGUAGUGGAAGUCGUUGGGUCUUAUUCGCGUACCCUACCUUACAGGUUGAGUUCGUACAGAAAGCUGCGCUCUGACGGACUAUUCCCCCCUGUGCGGACUGUAGAGAUAUUUGGAAUACUACACGUCAUAUAUUUCAAAAAACUCUCUGACUCUUUGCUUCUUCUCACCUACAUGAUCAGGAGGAAUAUUGUGGCACUUUAUUUGAUUUCCGUGGCAGAUGCCCAGCGCCCUAUGCUCCUGCCCCAGCAGUUCUGAGCAGAGUCCCCUGGACCCCCAUGGCUCCCCCCGUGGAGGGAACGCCCCUGGCCCGCUACCUCGUCCUGCUGCACAGCCUGCUGCUGCUGUUGCCCAGAGGAGUGCCCUGCCGGGGGGCCACACGGGCCCCGGAGUCCCCCUGCCAUAGAGCUGAACACCCACUCAUCUCUCACACAGAAAUCGAGCCUUGGAUCCACCGAUUCAGAGCUGAGGGCACCGUUGAUUAUUCGCAGCUGACCUUUGACCCCGGCCAGAACGAACUAAUCGUGGGUGCAAGAAAUCAUCUCUUCAGGCUACAUUUGGAGGAUCUUUCAUUGAUCCAGGAGGCAGAAUGGCAUUGCGAUGAGUUUACCAAAGGAGCCUGUUUCAGUCGAGGCAAAUCAGAGGAGGAGUGCCAGAAUUACAUCCGUGUUCUACUUGUCAACGGCGACAGGCUGUUUACAUGCGGGACAAAUGCAUUCACUCCAAUUUGCACCAACCGCACGCUGACUAACCUGACCGAGGUCCAUGAUCAAAUCAGUGGGAUGGCACGGUGCCCCUAUAACCCUCUGCAUAAUUCCACUGCCCUCAUCACUUCCAGUGGGGAGCUUUAUGCCGCCACAGCCAUGGACUUUUCCGGCAGGGACCCGGCAAUCUACAGAAGCCUGGGAGGACUUCCACCUCUGCGUACUGCUCAAUACAACUCCAAAUGGCUCAAUGAGCCCAACUUCGUUUCCUCCUAUGACAUCAGCAACUUCACCUACUUCUUCUUCCGUGAGAACGCCGUGGAGCACGACUGCGGCCGGACGGUGUUCUCUCGCACCGCCCGCGUCUGCAAGAACGACAUCGGGGGCCGUUUUCUGCUGGAGGACACCUGGACCACCUUUAUGAAGGCCAGGCUUAAUUGCUCACGGCCGGGCGAGAUUCCAUUCAACUACAACGAACUGCAAGGAACCUUUUUCCUGCCGGAGCUCGAGCUUCUCUAUGGGAUUUUCACUACUAAUGUCAACAGCAUUGCCGCAUCAGCAGUGUGCGCAUUCAAUCUGAGCGCUAUUACCCAAGUGUUCAGUGGGCCUUUCAAGUACCAGGAGAACUCACGCUCCGCUUGGCUGCCCUACCCCAAUCCCAACCCUGACUUUCAGUGUGGCACUAUAGAUUACGGCUCCUAUGUGAACUUAACGGAGAGGAAUUUGCAGGACGCCCAGAAGUUCAUUCUGAUGCACGAGGUGGUGCAGCCCGUCGUUCCUGUGCCAUACUUCAUGGAGGACAAUGUGCGCUUCUCCCAUGUGGCUGUGGAUGUAGUGCAGGGCAAAGACAUGCUCUAUCACAUCAUUUAUCUAGCAACAGAUUACGGCACUAUUAAGAAGGUGCUCUCUCCACUGAACCAGACCACGGGCAGCUGUUUGCUGGAUGAGAUCGAGCUUUUCCCCCCAAAGAAGAGGCAGCCAAUCCGCAGCCUGCUCAUACUUCACAGCCGCAGUGAGCUAUUUGUGGGAGUCAGAGACCAGGUCAUCAAAAUCCCCCUGAUGCGCUGCAACUUCCACAAGUCUAGAGAUGCCUGUGUGGGGGCCAGGGAUCCGUACUGCGGCUGGGAUCUGGUGCUCAAGAAAUGCACCACCCUGGAAGAAAGCGUGAGCAUGAGCCAAUGGGAGCAGAGCAUCACACGGUGUCCUGUGAGGAAUGUUACUGUGGAUGGUCAUUUUGGAGCCUGGUCAGGAUGGAAAGCUUGCAGUCAUAGUGAUGGCGGCAGUGUUGGGUCAUGCCAGUGUCGCACUCGAGCGUGUGACAGCCCGAGCCCUCAGUGUGGAGGGCAGCCAUGCCAAGGAAUCAGUGUUGAGGUGGCAAACUGCUCCAGAAACGGGGCAUGGACGCCAUGGACGGCAUGGGCUCCUUGCAGCACCAGCUGUGGGAUCGGUUUCCAGGUCCGACAGCGUUCCUGCAGCAACCCCACUCCCCGCCAUGGGGGACGCGUUUGUGUGGGCCAGAAUCGUGAAGAGAGAUACUGCAAUGAGCACCUGCCCUGCCCCCCACAUGUCUAUUGGUCAGCAUGGUCUCCAUGGGAGCGCUGCACAGUUCCAUGCGGCGGUGGGAUCCAGUCGCGACGACGAAUGUGUGAGAACGGAAACGAAUGCCCUGGAUGCAGCGUUGAAUUCCAGUCCUGUAAUACCCUCCCUUGCCCAGAUCUAAAGAAGACCACUCCCUGGACCCCUUGGACGCCGGUGAAUAUCUCAGACAAUGGAGGCCACUACGAGCAGCGGUUCAGGUACACCUGUAAGGCGAGGGUCCCUGAGCCCAGCCUGCUGGAAGUAGGGAGACAGCGGAUUGAGAUGAGGUAUUGCUCCAGCGACGGAUCCACGGGAUGCUCCACAGACGGAGAUUUGCUGCGUUCUGGACGCAUCUCUGGAUUGACCGUAAAUGGAGGCUGGUCCGCCUGGGGGACUUGGAGCCAAUGUAGUCGGGAUUGCAGCUCGGGGGUCCGAAACCGCAAGCGCACCUGCUCCAACCCCAAACCCAAAUAUGGAGGAAUCACCUGCCUGGGGCCUGCCCAGGAGUAUCAGGAGUGCAAUACUACACCAUGUCCAGUGGAUGGGAGCUGGUCGUGCUGGUCACCUUGGUCUAAAUGCUCAGUGACAUGCGGAGGAGGCCACUACAUGCGCACACGCACCUGUAACAACCCUCCACCUGCCUACGGAGGUGACAUCUGCCUGGGUUUGCAUACUGAAGAGGCCCUCUGCAACAUCCAACCCUGCCCAGAGAGCUGGUCUGAUUGGUCCGAAUGGUCCCCCUGUGACUCAUCAGGGUCUCAGGUUCGCCUGCGGCACUGUGACGUCCUGUUUCCCACCGGCAACCAGUGUUCAGGCAACAGCAGUGAAACUCGUGCCUGUCUACCCAUCUCCAACUUCAUCCCAGAAACGUCUGUUGCACAUUCAAGUCGGGAGGAAAGAUGGUGUGGAGACUUCAAUGUGUUCCACAUGAUCGCCGUGGGCCUCAGCAGCUCCAUACUCGGCUGUCUGGUGACCCUACUGGUGUACACUUACUGUCAGAGAUACCAGCAGCAGUCCCAUGAUGCCACAGUCAUCCACCCCAUCUCUGCCGCCCCACUCAACACCAGCAUCACCAACCACAUCAACAAACUGGACAAGUACGACUCAGUCGAAGCCAUUAAGGCUUUCAAUAAGAAUAACUUGAUCCUGGAGGAAAGAAAUAAGUAUUUCAACCCUCAGCUAGCAGGAAAAACAUAUACCAACGCAUACUUCACUGACGUCAACACUUAUGACGACUUUUAAAAAUGGAUCUGUGAUCCCAGUCAUAUUCACCACAUGAACUUCAGCACCUAGUGAUUUGAUUACUUGCCUCUUUUUCUGCGUGGGUUACCCAGAUAAAUAAAAAGACAUUUUACGUGGGACCAUUUAACCAUCAAACGCCAAUAAAGCUGUACAGAACCAUUCUCACAGUUAACAAGGACAUCAUGCUCUCCAGUUGUGCGGACAUCGUUAAAUGAAAUGGGACUAUGACGAUUUGAUUCAACCAAGAUGCUGACAAACUCUGGCUGCAGAGAUGGCACAUGGAUGCUUUGCAUGAUUCUCAUCUGAUGUGUUUUGCUUUAUCGUUGCUUCAUUUAUUUGCAUGGUUGGUCGCAUUCCAGUGUUAGUGGGCGGGGCCUGCAUCCUAAAUGGGUGGAGCCUUCUUGGACUGCUUUGUUUCCUGUGCCGAAUCAGAAGCCCCUGUGCCUCACUGAGGACCUACAGUGGUCUCCAGUUCAUCUGCCUGCCCUAUCACUGGGUUUUGCCGCAACAGACAAACACAAUCCAUAUGUAGAUACCACGGUCUCUGAAAAAUGUGUUUAUGUAUCUCUCAAUAUGGGGCACUUGUUAGUUGAGCUCUUAGUGGUGGGAAUCUCUGUGUUUUUGUUGUAAAAUACACUUUUCAUGACACAUAUGUCAGUGUAGCUUUUAUAGAUGAGUCUAUUCUGAGAAAAAAAAAGUAAGUAGGUUUCAAAGUAAGUCAUCAAAACAAGACUUGUCAUAUUAACAUUCGUCGUUAUGUGGUUUAAGGUCUGCAGAAAAGAGAGAAUGUGAAACACUACAGGACCUUUUUAUGAAAAACAUUGAUCAUUUGAAUAUUAUCGACAUGUUUCUAUUUGUUUAGUUGUUUAAUAGUUCAAAAUUUCAUGAGAAAACAAGUAUAAUCUGUAAAAACAAACUGCUUUUUAGCACAGAGUACUGCUUUAUCUGCUCUUCUUUCAUUUUUAAAUAUUUGAAUUCACUUAUAAACUUAACCAUCCAUCCAUUAUGGAGAGGUGCUUGGGAAUCCACUUUUUCAAUUUCUACUAAUUCUUUUCUACUUGUAAAACUUUGUUUGCUUGUUUUAUGUGCAUAAAUUAAAAUUGCUUCAUAUAC